AUGGGCUCGAAUCAUCCACAAGAAGUUCCACCUGAGGAAGAGGCAAGUUUGAAUUAUUUUUUGGAGGUUAGGACGUUUCUUUCUAGACUAAAGCAAAACAGGAAACAGUACCUGAACUCUCGGGACGUUUUAACUACCUAUCAGCAAGUGUUGACCAAAGUUCGUGAACUGGAUGAGAUCCGUAAACGUGCGCACUCAGCACGUCCAGCAGGCGCUGCCACUCUUAUUCACAACGAAGAAUUGCACAACCGUGUCGAUUCAGUACUUGAUGACGUUUUCCAGCUACUGUCACUGAGUUUUUUGACCGUUGGACUUAAGAACUCGGCUCCUGCGACCUACGCUUCCCUCAGCACCGUGCAAAGACUCUUGGAACAUCUAGACGAAUCGAACGUUUUCACCCAUCACGAUCUCAGGCCCAUCAAGGAGCGUCUGGACGAAAUUUCGGAUAUUGUGGUUAAGAACAGCUACAGUAACGAUGUCAGUCGCAAAGAAGUUGGCAAGGAAGAGGAGUCAAGUGCGUCGAAAUCGAAUCCCGAGCUUAAUGAGAUCUCCAAGAUUGACGAAGAAAAGGACAAGAACAAGAUCGAAGAAGAUUUGCUUUUGCGCGCGAAAUUGCAGCAUUGCAUGGAAGAAUACAGCCAUAUCGAAUCAAAACUCGAGGAAAUUGAUCCUGCUCUGCAAAGCACUGUAGAAAAACUUUUUCAACUGCGGCGUGCCCUUCUGUCGUUGGCCGCAUCGGCGAAACGUGAAGCAGAGAUUCAAGGCGGUCACAAGGUUACCACGCAUGCUUUGACCUCCGAUCCCGUAGGUUCAAAGCUGCAGGGCCUGCAACAAGAGCUCUCGAAACUUGAGUCUCACAGGGUAGUCACAGAGAACAUGGCGCAGCCGACACGCAAGGGCCAAAGCGUUUUAAAUGGACUUCUCGACGAUUGCCACGACCUUCUCAACGACUUAUCCCAUCAAACAAAUCGGGGGAUAUCCCUUGACCCCAAGCUGCAGCCCAUUUACGACAGCCUGAUCGAGACUAAAACGAUUCUCGAAAAUUUACUCGUGACGAGAAGAUGGACUUUGAGAGAAACGGAUCUUUUCACAUACCAGAAAAAGUUGUCCGAGAUAGACAGACUGAGGGUUAGUGGCAAAUUCCCGACAGAGUGCAGUGACGCGAAGGGACAGGCAAUUUUGCUGUACCUUCUAAGGCGGUGUUACGCCAUUAUUUAUAAAUUGUUAGAGUGCUCGGAACCCGUGUCGGAGGCUUUACAACCUAUCCACAACCAGUUGUCAACGGUGCGGCGCUGUUUGCUAGAGUUGAAAAGAAUGGGGGGCGUGAACAACGAUCGGGAGUUGUAUCCAUAUCAGAUGAAACUUGCCUCUCUCGACAAUCUCCGCGAAGACGGUAAAUUCUACGAUGAAGACGGAAAUAUCCCAGAGGGCCAAGGCACUCUCAACGCGCUGCUUGCUGAGUGUUUCGACAUUCUUCAUGAGUUGAAGAUCGAGGCCGAAGAACGCGAUCAUAGUACAGAAGAUGACAACGAAGAGCUUGAGAAAAACUCAGAAACUUCAAAAACUGAAGAUGUCCACCUUACAGGUGGUAGUCGGUCGCGCUACUUGGACGAUGCCAAACAGUACGACGACGAUGACGACGAUGAAGCUGAGGAGUACACAACAAAUUACAGUGAACAUAGUUACGAGGAUGACGACGAUGAAUAUGCUACUACCAGUCAUGCUGAAGAAUGA